AUGAAUGGCCAAGGGAGAAUCAGUCCUGGAAGUGCAGCCCCCACAGAAGAGAGAAGCUGCUCCUGGCUGAACAUCUGGGUCUUCCUAAUUUUUGCCCUUUUAAUCAAAGCUGCCUUUGUGUCCUUGUGCCUCUACCUUGUGGUUCCCUUCAGCCACAGCAGUGCCCAGCCCUCGGCCCUGCAGCAGCAGUUCUCGGAGUGGGAGUGCGACUCAGCGCUGCCACAAGGCACAGAGAGAGGCUGGAUGUGCUGCCCAAAGGGCUGGAGAAGGUUUCAAGGAAGCUGCUACUUCCUGUCCCCUGACACGAUGUCAUGGUCUGAGAGUUCACAGAACUGCACUGGGAUGGGCUCCCAGCUGGUGGUGAUCAACAGCAAGGCAGAGCAGGAAUUCCUGUCUGUGCAGAUAAGACAAUCUAAAGAACCUAAACCAGACAAUUUCUACAUUGGUCUGUUUUUGGAGAAGGUGGGCCAGUGGCAGUGGGUGGACAAGACUCCAUAUAAUGGGACACCAAUGUUCUGGCGCAAAGGAGAACCAAAUAAUUUCACUGGUGAAAAUUGCGCUGUAAUGCAUGUGCCUACACAACCUCCUAACAACUGGAAUGACGUCAGUUCAAGUUUGGAGAAUCAUCGAAUUUGUGAAGUUGCAGCAGUAAUUGUGUGAUGGAAAUAUCCCUGUCCUGAGUAAAGCUGGGAGCUGAGCAGGGAGCUGGGAACAUUGCUGGGAGGGGUCAGGAGCUCUGGCACAUCUUCACUGUGUGGGGUAGGAGCAUGUGUGUGGAAGUGCAAUGAGCUUUGUCCAGCAUCCCCAGUGCAUGUGGUGGCUCAGGGAACACAGGGAGGCUCAGGCUCUUUGAAGCAGGUCCUGUGUUCUUGUGUUCUCUUCUCUCUGAAUGGGUCCAGCAGCCUCUGGCAGAAAAGAGAUGGACUUCUCUAGGAGGAAGGCACAGGAAUGGAAGGCAGUUAUCCAGAGAUUCAAUGUCCUUUGCCUCCUUGAGCAGAGCUGUUUGCUUUUUGUUGAGUCACACGCAAAAUGUUCUCUAGCUGUACUGGUUUUGCUGAACAAAUUCUGAAAUCUUAGACCAGAGAAAAUACAA